UGGUCUCACUUCCUUUUUUGGAUCAUAGUGAUCCCUUUUGGGUCACAGGAGCAGCAGGGAGAUCUGUCACUUUGCAGAAGAUUUUUGGAAAGACCAUUUCACUAGUGUUUACAUAUCUGCUGUUGCCUGAACACGCAAGACUCUUGUUUGGGUUGGAGCUGUUUACAAUCCAUCAUUUCUGUGUAACUUGUUGAGUCACAGAGGUUACUGCUUUCUUGAACUUAAUCCAAAAACGGAACUUGCAUUUGCAAAAGCAGAAGAACUCAGGAUGUGACUACCAUUUCCUAUUACAAUCAUUUAACCCAGCCUGGCUCUCAUUUUUCUAUGCUUAAAGGAAAUCAGAAAGUUUGGGUGAAAUUUCUGUCACCAAAACUCAAAAUGGUCUCACUGACAAGCUGGAUUCCUGUCUACAUAACUAUUCUUCUUCACUUACAUGUUGGGGACUGAGGGAAGCAUCCACUGUUGUAGAGGGCUGCAUUCCUUGCAAGAUAUCUGGAAAGCAAGGGUUUAUGCCUCUGGAACAUCUGAAGAGGAUGGAGUAGAUGUCACGUAUGUUAUCAUAGGAGUUACUCUUGGAGCCAUUUUAGCUAUUGGUUUUAUAGCAUUAAAGAUCUGCAUGAUCAAAAGACAAUUGAUUGACAAUAUCCUUGGAGAGUCAGACGGCAAAAUGGAACGAAGAGAAGCCACUUUACCGAAAGCAGAAAAUACAAAUGAUCUCUGACUGUUUUGAAAUGGGGUGCAUUCAGGCAGAAAGUCACAUACUGCUGUGCCUAUUCUAUUACUCAAUGGAAGGCUUUUGUUCGUGGACUUUUGUUGCUUUCUCAUCGGUUACAAAUUCAGUUACUUAAAAAAUUGGAGAGAGUAACUGAUUUCAGGAAAGACUUUGUUGUGUGAUCUACUGAAGAUCAUUUGCACUCAGAAAAUAUUGUGCUCAUAAAUAGCAGAUGUCCAAAGGAAAUGUAUAAUGGAAAUACAAGAGAUGAGCUUUGUUCAAAACAACUUUCAUAUAUGGCUCUGGUAGGUAUAAGAUAUAUUUGUAAAACAAUGAACUAGAGGGUGAUCCAAAACUAGAGAUGGGAUCAGCUUGCAAAAUUCAGAUUUUCCUUCACAUAUCAAGUACAAGUAAGCAAAAAAAUUGAACUUUUCAUGUUGACAGCAAACAGAAAAAACAGGAAAAAUAUUAAUUCUGGAUCAAACCAAAACAGACAAUUUUCAGGUUUUACAAUGAACCAAACAAAAAGGCAGAAUUGUUUUAUGCCACGCUGCAACAUUUCACUCAAUCCAAAACAAGCUGUUUUGUUUAUUCUUUCACAGUUUUUCUUGAUUUUGUUCAUUUUUAUAAUGAAAAUUGCUAGUUUGAAACAGAAGCAAACGAUUUAAAAAUACUGAAACAAGUUGUGUUGCUAUUUCCAAAACUGUAAGUUUCAGGAUUUCUAAGAUGAAACAUUUAAUUUUGGAAAUCUUGGAACAAAAUGUUUUGACAUUUUAACCCCCCCCCCCCCCCCCAUUUGCACAGUUCAACCCAAAUUCAUAAACAGUACUCCCUCCCACCCCACUUCCAACUGCCAACACCAUUUUUAGCAAAUGUAUUUUUCAGAAAACUAUUUUUUCUGCAUCUAAUUUCAAGCACUUUAAAGAUACUUGAAGAGGAAAGGAGAAAUUAGAGGUUUGGCUUAAACCUUUGAAAAUGCAGGGGCCAUUUGCAAAAUGUUGCUUCAGGUUUCAUUUUCAGCCUCAUCCUGCAAAAGCUGAGUGUUUAGACCUGAGAUCUCAAAUUACCGAAGCUAUUAGAUAUUAUAUAGAAAGGAGUUUAUCCAUGUUCGUUCUUAAAUAUAUGUGCUACUUGUUAUAAACAUUGCAAUAAAAUUUUAUUUG